UUUCCCUAUUGCAUGUGCAUGUCCCUUUAAAUCAGGGGGCUGGGCCUGGAGGAAGUGACGGCUCUGGAAGCCGCCGCCUGGGGGAGAACAUCCAGAGACCCAAGUCUGGUUUGGACGGAGGAUCUUCACACUUGGCCUGGGGAACACAGAGUGGGGCUCGCCGCGGACACGGUCGAGCUUGGAAUAUGCCUGGAUGACCCGGAGCGACCGAUACCUGAGCCUGGCUAGUCAUUCUGAGCUCCUGUGGAUCCUCCUCUCUCCAUCCUGGCAACGUCUGCUUGGUGAUGUGUCCUCGGGUGGAUCCCAAGUGGUUCUUAUGGCUAAUAGUCCCGUUGCUGUGGUGUUGCCAAAGAAGCCUUAGCGAGCUGAAGGUCCGGGUGAGGCUUGAUGAUGGGCAGGUAACAGAGGAGAGUUUGCAGGCUGACAGCGAGAGAGACUGCAUUACUCUUGAGUUUCGAAAGGCCGAUGGAACUUUUGUCACCUACCUGGCGGACUUUAAGCAGAAUGUCAAGAUUUUCCGCGUUUUGAUCCUGGGGGAGCUGGAGAGAGGACAGAGUCAAUUCCAGGCACUUUGUUUUGUUACACAGCUUCAGAACAAUGAGAUCAUCCCCAGCGAAUCCAUGGCCAAGCUACGUCAGAAAAAUCCACAUACAGUACGUCAGGCUGAAGAGAUCAGAGGAAUGGAAUAUUUGCAGAUGGAUGUUGCUGUUAAUUUUACUAAAGCUGUCCAGCUAAGCCCUCAUAUUCACAACAUCUGCUCUGAAGCUAGAGAGGCCAUGUAUACAAGACAAGAUGAUGUGCGUAUAUGGCUACAGAAAGGAUUUGAUGGCUCAAUGUUUGAGGUUCUGCCUCAGUCUUCCUCCAUUCCUGACCUUCCCACCUGCAAGCUCUGUUCAAUAGACUGGAAACCAUGUAUCUGCUCGUAUCGCCUAAGCUUGGAGUGGAUUCCAUGCAGUCUGAAAUAUUGCAAGAGUAGGGACUCUUCCGGAAGGACCACUUCUUACAGGUGUGGAAUCAGAAGUUGCCAAAAGAGUUACAACUUCUUGUUUUAUGUCACACAGAAGCAACUCUGUCUGUGGGAUGAGGAGACCUAGAACAGGUUCUGUUGGGUCAGAAUUUGGAGGUCUCAAGCCUGCCAGUGAUAUGGGACCAGAUCUUCUCAGGAUCCUAUAAAUCUUGCCACCUUAGAGAUGCCUUAUACUGUGAACCUUUAGAAUGCCAUUUAAAUAAAUGUUAAAGUUGACUCGGAGCACUCGUAUUCUCUCUGUGCCUCCUACGGACAUUAGGAAGAGACAGGAUUGUCCCAUUCUGUUGCACAAUGAUUGAACCUACCAAGAACUGCCAUGUGCCUCAACAAACCUUAGGUGCUUGUUGCUCCACAACCAGAUGAAGUGUUCAGCCCAUCCAAAGUGCCUUAUUUCUUCAGAAGUAGUUUCUGCACUUAUUUACGACCUUGUGAGUUAACCAGUAUUAAUUACCCGCAAUUCAAUUGGGGUCUACAGGCCAGAAUGGAUAAUGAAGCUUUACCUGCCAAUAUACCGGUCACCACUUGGAACAGGUUUGGAUAUCACAAAUCCUUGGUUGCCUGUUUCCAUCAUAUUUCAAUAUAGAUUGCUAUAUUUUUAUGAAAUGACUUUUCUUCGGUGUAACAAUAACAUAACUUUUUAACAAUGUGUCAUUUGUAAUCAUUUUAAAACGACUUUGGUAGACAACGUAAAUGUGCUUCUAAAAUGUUUAUAUAUGUAAGUGAAGCAAUAUUGCCCUCUGCUGUGGAAAAUUAUAUAUUUAAGCAACAUAAUCAAAAUACGGAAGGAAACUGAAAUAAUUGGUAAUAUGAGCCUUAAAUGAUAGUCAGUAAUUGCAAUGGUCUUAAUGUAUUUUUUUUGUGUUUGAAAAGAAAUGAACUAUUUUGUAGAAAAAACUGAAUAGGCUUAAAAUAAGAUGAGACAAAGGUUUGCAUGUUAAGUUAAUGUUCAAAUUAUUCAUAUUGAAUAAAAGUAGGCCAAUGAUCAAAACCAUUUCCAGCAGACUUUAUAAUAGAAGGGACUAUAGUCAAGGGUGGGUUUAUCAGUCACAACAUACUUAAUUCAUAUUUUAACACAUAAUGACUAUGUACGCUGAUGAAUAGAUAUGUAAAA